AGGGAGAAGAGGGAGAGAGAGAGAGAGAGAGAGAGAGAGAGAGAGGAGAGAGAGAGAGAGAACGAACCAACCUUAAAUUUUAUUUUUUCACAUGUAGGAAAAAAAUUUAAGUAGCAGAUGCUAUUUUUUUGAGGUGGUCAUCCACUCUCUUGUAAGCUAUUACCCUCCCAUUUUAGUUAAAUUGGGAAUUUCAUUUAGGUUCAUGGGCCCUGGACUUGAGGGUACCUUAUGGUCUUUUCAUGCCACUAGGCAAAAUCGAACCUAUUCCAGUUAUGGACUAACUACUACUGGGUUUUUGGAAAACUCCCAGAAGAGUAAUUAUGUUUUACUUAAACCUUCUCAGAUUAGAAAAGAUGUAGGUUGUUUUGGAAGUGGAAUUGGUUCUGGAACUUCAUUUUUUAUCGACUUAGUAAAGGGUAUUGUUUAAAAGGAUCAGAAGUUUAUUGUUAUCGAGGGUCUUAAGUACUACAGCCCUUCCAGUUAAUUUGGUGAUUUUACUCAUACCCUUUAGAAAUAUUAAGGGGCCUAUCUUCAAUUCAAAAAUAUUAACAGUUGAUUUUUCCAAUAUUUGGAGUACAGAGGGCCUCUAAGAGUAUAUGACUGGCUUUAUACAUAAAAACUCAAUUUCUAAAUUAUUGUAAAGUGAAAAACUUGCAUUAGAUGAACUUUAAGUCCUUUACCAGAUAAAUGAAGUUGUAAUUCAUUACUUUCCAACUUCCCCUUCUCUCUGAUAUCCUUUAUAUAUCCGUUUUGGACUAGAAAGGGAUUGUAGAGACCAUUUAGCUAGCCCAAAGAUUCUUAACCUUUUUUGUCAUGGACCCCUUUGGCAGUCUGUUACUCCUUUCUUAGAAUAUUUUUUAAAAAAUCAUAAUUGAGGGAAAUGCUAAAUUUCAGUUAGAGGUUAGUGAGAAGGAAGAAUUUUUUCCCUAUCAAAGUUCAUAGACUCUUCUCAAAUCUAUCCAUGUAUGCCUAUUCCUUGGCAGUUUGUAGAUCUCAAGAUUAAGAAUUCCUGAGCUAAUGGGUUCUCUUCAGUUUACACGUGAGGAAACAAGGCCCAGAGAAGUGAAGUGACUUCCUUGGCCAGGCUCACACAGGUAGAAGUUUUAAAAAGUCAAAAUUUGAACUCAGGAUUUUCAAAUUCUAAAUCCAGGGUUCUUUCAUCACAUAUACCCUCAUUUGUUACAAAUAUAAACAUAUAUGCAUGUAUACAUACAUGCAGAGGGGACUUGCAGAGUAUAUGUACUUUAACAAAUUGGUGAGAUGAAUGACUAUUUGAGGAAAUAAGAAAUAUCACUAAUUUUUUAAAAGCCAUUGGGUUUACAGAUAAUGUUGAUUUGUAUUUUUAAAUAUUCUGUUUCAGCCACCCUUCUUGAAACAGUAAAGAUUUUUACAACUGCUCAUCCUUGUUGGAUCCAAAGGAGUUACUAAGAUUUCCUUUUUACUUCUUAAUCUUGUGUGCAUUAUUCUGGACACUAUGAAUGCUACCUGGAUGCCCGUUAAGACUAUCCUCUGGCAACAUAGUAAGGGGCCGUGGAGCUGGCCUCAACAACAGGAGAGGCUGGACUCCCUGUCUCUCUGUGCUGAAUGGCUGCGAUGGCGCCCGCUCUCACUGAUGCAGCAGCUGAAGCUCACCAUAUCCGGUUCAAGCUGGCUCCCCCAUCCUCCACCUUGUCUCCUGGCAGUGCCGAGAACAACGGCAACACCAAUAUCCUUAUUGCUGCCAACGGAACCAAAAGGAAAGCCAUUACAACAGAAGAUUCCAGUUUAGACUUCCGAAACAAUCCUACCAAGGAAGAUUUAGGAAAGCUCCAGCCAUUGGUGGCAUCUUAUCUCUGCUCAGAUGUAGCAUCUGUUCCUUCAAAAGAAUCUUUGAAAUUGCAAGGAGUCUUCAGCAAGCAAACAGUCCUUAAAUCUCAUUCUCUCCUAUCUCAGUCUUUUGAACUCCGAGCUGAGCUGUUGGGGAGACAGCCAGUUUUGGAGUUUUCCUUAGAGAAUAUAAAAACCAUGAAUACAAGUGGCCAGCCAACUCUGCCACAAGCACCUGUGAAUGGGUUGGCCAAGAAAUUGACUAAAAGUGCAAAUCCUGACCAUGAUAAUUCCAGUUCUCUCAAUGGGGGAAAAUGUGCUCUCUCUUCUUCUACUCUCCAGGGUGUUGAAGUACGGGGUUCAGAAUCUGGGGACUUGAAGGUGGGUUUGACCAAUACAAUUCUUCCACAUAGAAACCUUGAUGUUGAGCACAUGUUUAGCAAUAAUGGCACUGCAAACAAAUCUUCCGUAAAUUCCACGGAGCAGCUGGCACUUCAGGGGGGCAGUGGAGAGAAUAGGUUAUCACCUGACACAGACUCCAACUCCAGUUUGGGGGGUAGCAAGACACAAGGGCAGAAAUCUCCACUGCCUUGUAGCCUUUUUAGUUCUCUAGAUUCUGAUAUGAGGACAACAGCACUCUUGCGGCGGCAGGCAGACAUUGAGAGUCGUGCCCGGAGGUUGCAGAAGCGCUUACAGGUGGUGCAGGCCAAACAGGUGGAGAGACACAUACAGCACCAGCUGGGUGGGUUCUUGGAGAAGACUCUAAGCAAACUGCCAAACUUGGAAUCCUUGAGGCACCGUAGCCAGUUAAUGCUGACCCGGAAGGCUGAAGCUGCACUGCGGAAAGCUGCCAGUGAGACUACUACUUCGGAAGGACUUAGUAGUUUUCUGAAAGGUGAUUCUAUUUCAGAAGAAUUGGAGAGAUUCACAGCUAGUAGCACAGCUAACCUGAAGUCUAGUGAACAAGCCUUUGAUUCAGAUGUCACUGACAGUAGCUCAGGAGGGGAGUCUGACAUCGAGGAGGAAGAACUGGCCAAGGCUGAUACAGAGCAACGCCAUGUGCCACUGCGACACCGGUCAGAAUGGAGAUGGGCAGCAGACCGAGCAGCUAUUGUCAGCCGCUGGAACUGGCUUCAGGCUCAUGUCUCUGAUUUGGAAUAUCGAAUUCGGCAACAAACAGAUAUUUACAAACAGAUCCGAGCUAAUAAGGGGUUGAUAGUUCUUGGUGAGGCAUCUCCCGCAGAGCACACAGCAGUAGACUCAUCCCUUCCCUUUAAUACUGAGGUGAAGGCUGAACAUGGGACUGACAGACUGAUUGAUUCCAUAUCUCAGCCACUGGAAAAUCUUGCUACCACCAAUACUUCGGAGGCUCUUUCCACCAAACCAUGUGGAAUAGUGAAACCAAUCAAUGGAGUUAUUAAUCCACUUCAGUCUAGUUUGGCAGACCAUGCUCCAGGAGAUGGUUCUGAUGCUGAGGAACUGCUACAUAAAAAGCAACGGUUGAAUCUGGUUUCUUCGGCUGCUGAUGGUCCAUGUGGAGCAGCUCGGACUCGUCCUGUUCUGAGCUGUAAAAAACGGAGACUUGUUCGGCCUAACAGCAUUGUGCCUCUCUCCAAGAAGGUUCACAGAAGCAAUACUAUACGAAGCAGCUGUGAUGUGAAUGUUUCCUGUGUACUCUGUGGUGGUUCAAGUAGUGGUGGUACUACAAUGCCUCCUGAGAUCCAGUAUGAAGCUCCCCUUUUGGAGCGCCUCUCCCAGUUGGACUCUUGUGUUCAUCCUGUAUUAGCAUUCCCAGAUGACGUUCCCACAAGCCUGCACUUCCAGAGUAUGCUGAAAUCUCAGUGGCAGAACAAGCCCUUUGAGAAAAUCAAACCUCCCAAAAAGCUUUCACUCAAGCACAGAGCACCCAUGCCGGGCAGCCUUCCUGACCCUGUUCGAAAAGAUAGGCACAAGUUGGUCAACUCCUUUCUAGCAGCAGCCAAGCUCUCCCAUCACCAAACCCGGCCUGACAAGACCCACAGGCAGCACUUAGAUGAUGUAAUGGCUGUGUCCAUGGCAGAGAGAGUUACAGCGCCCAAAGCAGAGCGCUUGCUCAACCCUCCACCUGUGCAUGACCCAAACCAGAGCAAAAUGCGAUUGCGAGACCAUUCAUCUGAGAGAAGUGAAGUGCUGAAACAUCACACAGAUGUAGGCAAUUCAAGCUAUUUGACAGCUGUCACCCACCACCCACCACCCAGCCCCUUGGUACGACAGCUCUCCUCUUCCACCUCAUCGGAUGGCUCUGUGCCCACCAGCUCAAGUUCACAGGGCACAGUCACCACGUCUCAGCCUGUAAGGAGGAGACGAGGAGAAAGCUCAUUUGACAUUAACAACAUUGUGAUCCCGAUGUCUGUUGCUGCAACAACACGUGUGGAGAAACUACAGUAUAAGGAGAUCCUUACACCCAGCUGGAGGGAAGUGGAUCUUCAGUCUCUGAAGGGGAAUCCUGAUGAAGAAAAUGAGGAGAUUGAGGACCUCUCUGAUGCAGCUUUUGCAGCCCUGCAUGCCAAGUGUGAGGAGAUGGAGCGAGCACGGUGGUUGUGGACCACAAGUGUGCCACCCCAGCGGCGAGGUAGCAGGUCCUAUAGGUCAUCAGAUGGCCGGACAACCCCACAGCUGGGCAGUGCUACCUCCUCCACCCCACAGCCUGCUUCUCCUGAUAUCAGCAAUAGCCACUCGAUUUCAGAGUUUUCCCACAGUCAGUCCCCCCGAAGUCCUAUCAGCCCAGACCUGCUUUCUGCCUCCCUCACUCCUAUAGCCCGAGAGAACCUCCGACACCUGUCCAUUGAGGACACCCGUUGUUCCACCCCAGAGUUGGGACUGGACGAACAGACUGUCCAGCCCUGGGAGCGGCGCAGCUUUCCCCUGGCACACAGCCCCCAGGUGGAGUGUGAAGAACAGCUGGAUGCACAGGAGCGGGCAGCCCGCUGUACUCGGCGCACCCCCGGCAGCAAGGGAGGCCGGGAGUUGGACAGUGCACCCACCUCCCCUCCUCUUGCUAGUUUGAAGAGCAGGCACUUGUCAGCAUCAGCCACAGUGCAACGCCCGACCCACAGAUGAGCAAGCGGAGAAGGAGUGUCCAGCUGAAUGAACUCACUAACUUGGCAUUAAAGCUUCAGAAAUCUGUGUUUGAUAUUCAAACAAAAUAUGCCGAAAUUUUUCACAGUUUUUAGUGAAUUUAAGGAGUUUAGAAACUGUUCCGGUCUUUUUCCCCCUUUUCCUUUUUUCCCUUUUCUUUUUUGGUUUCCAUGUUGUCCUGUGGCACACCUGAAUGGACUCUUCCUCCAGUUGGCAAAUAAAAGUUCCGGGUAAGACCCUUCCCAUCCCUGAGUUCCCACCCCCACCCCUGGCCCACUUCUAGCACGUUCCCCAGCCCCACGGAUUCACUAAACUUUCAGAUUGAUUUUUCCUUAUAUAAAACAUGUUCUUCCAAGGUGGCAAAGAAGUUGACAUCAGGUGUUUCCCCUUUUUGUCACUUGGAGUCCCAGCAUCAGAAUGCUGAGGUGGGCACGGGCAUUGCAGUGGUCCUGUUCAGCACUGGCUUCCCAGCAGGCCUGCUGAGGUCGUAGCCCUCAGUAAGCAGGCUGAGCUUCCCUUCUCUUAUGUGGCCAGAAGAACCAUCUGGUUCUUCGUCUGCAUUUAGUCACCUUUAUUUUGACUUUUAACUAUAGCAACCCAGCUACUCAGUUUCUCUCUCUCUCUCUCUCUCUCUCUCUCUCACACACACACACACACACACUUUCUCAUGUACCCCUGUGCACACAAACUUAACACAAACAUUGAGUACACAUUUCUCACUUGUCUUGUUUUAUAGGCAGGAUUUAGGUUCCACCUUUACCAUUACCCAACCAGCCAACUAGGAGGGUUUGAAAAUGAAGCAUAAAUUUAUUCAUCCUAACUUUCUUCUCAAAUGAUCACUUAAACAAAUUUCGUUCGUGUCUAAGUUAUCCUUAGUCUGUCUCAACUAGGCCCUUUCUCUCAUAAUCCCUUCCCUUAGGCCCUUGCCUGUGGAAUGUCCUAGUCUCUUCCCCCAUCAGUAUCCCCACCCCACCCCCAUCAUCUUUCUUAGCCUUGUGCCUGUCUCAUGUAUAAUUACAUCACCAAAAAGGAAAAAAACAAAGGACAUAACUUUUUUUUUGGCCAUUUUGUAAUCGUAUAAAAUAGUAGAUGAACUGCUUAAUGGUUGGGGUUUUUUCACAAUUUUCAACAUUAGUGACUUUUUCUGUUUGCUAGUUAAAGGGUUUGUCAUUGUUUCUUUUAAAAAAACAAACAAUAAUGCACCAUAUCCCUAUGCAUAAGUGCUUCUUCUAUUUAUAAGGUUGAAAAUUCUGAAUAACCCUUUUAGCAUUGUAAAAAAAAAACCCACAAAAAUGCAAAAAAAAAAAAAAAAAGCCCCCACCUUGUAUUUUGUAAAUAUUUUCUUUUCUUGCUUUGAGCUGUGUAAUGGCAGCGGAAUCCGUAGCUGUCUUUGUUCUAUAGAAAUGCUUUUCUUCAGAGAAGCUGAUCUUUGUUAAUGUCUUGAUUCUGUUCACAGAGCACAGAACAGUGCUUCCCAAAAAAAGCGGAAAAAAAAAAUGGGAAAAAAAUUAAAAAAAAAGUUACAGGA